CCUUUCUUCUUUUAUUUUCAGGUACGAUACUAAUUAUACCAAUGAAGGUUUCUCAAACCGAAUUCAAACCUUCAGAGCUCUCUUUUGGUGGUGGCGCACUUUCUGGUGCUUAUGAUGCUAUCGCUGAUCAUUGGCCUGUAGAAGCUUGUCGAGAAGCUUUAUUAUCUGGCAUCAAUACUUUUGACACAUCACCAUAUUAUGGGAAAAGUGAAUACAUAUUGGGUGAUGCUUUGGAACAAAUCAAGGACGAAUUUCCUCGGUCAACAUAUUAUCUUGAAACCAAAGUCGGACGCUAUGGUUAUACUCCAAAAGAUUUUGAUUAUAGUACCCAACGAACUUUGGAAAGUGUUGCUGAAAGCAUGAAAAGAUUGAAAACAGAUUAUAUUGACGUGGUAUUAUGUCAUGAUGUGGAAUUUGUGGAAUUCGAUCAAGUUGUAGGUGAAAAUGGUGCUCUGAAAGCUUUAUUUCAACUCAAGACUGAAGGAAAAAUCAAAUACGUAGGAUGUUCAGGUUAUCCUCUUCCUAUUCUUCUAAAGAUCGCUCAACAUCAAAAUGAAAAAGGCCAACCCUUGGAUGUCAUCUUAUCUUACAGUCAUUACAACCUCCAAAAUACAUCUUUGGCUGAUUAUGCAUCUUUAUUCCGUCAAGCUGGUGUUCGAUAUAUUUUGAAUGCUUCACCACUCAAUAUGGCAUUAUUCCGAGAGGCUGGUCCCCCAGAAUGGCAUCCAGCUCAUAGUGAACUACGACAAGCCGCUCAACAAUGUGCUCAAGUAGCUAAGGACAAUGGUCUCAAUAUCUCUACCUUGGCAUCCAUGUUUGCAUUCAGUGGAAGAUCAGCUUUUCAAUUGGAUAGUACCGUCAUUGGAUUGGAAAAGAAAGAAGAAGUACAGCAAGCCGUAGCGGCAUGGAAGGUGGUCAAGGCACGAGAAGAAGGCUCUAUUCAAGUCCCUGAUAUUGAAACCAAAGUUUUAGAUCAAAUCAAUUCUCUUUUGGAACCAUAUAAAAACUACUCUUGGCAAAGUCCAACACCCAAAGAACUUGGUUUAGUUUAAUACGAUGAAUUAUUUACUUAAUAAAAUCUUUUU